GUUCGCUUCAACCCGUGUGGGAGUUGUCACUAUGGCGAGCUUGCAGGUAGAGGCUGAGCAGGAGCCGCUCCUAGGAGACAGGACACCCGGAAGCAGAGAAUGGGAUAUUAUAGAAACUGAGGAGCAUUAUAGGAGCCGAUGGAGAUCUAUUAGGAUUCUGUAUGUUACUAUGUUUCUUAGCAGUGUAGGAUUUUCUAUUGUGAUAAUGUCAAUAUGGCCGUAUCUCCAAAAGAUUGAUCAGACUGCCAGUGCAAGUUUUUUGGGCUGGGUUAUUGCUUCCUUUAGCCUCGGCCAGAUGGUAGCUUCACCUAUAUUUGGUUUGUGGUCUAACUAUAGACCAAGGAAAGAACCUCUUAUCGUUUCCAUUUUCAUUUCGGUGGCAGCCAACUGCCUCUAUGCUUAUGUCCACGUUCCAGCUUCUCAUAAUAAAUACUACAUGUUGGUUGCUCGUGGAUUGGUGGGAUUUGGAGCAGGAAAUGUAGCUGUUAUUAGAUCGUAUAUUGCUGGUGCUACCUCUCUUCAGGAAAGAACAAGUUCCAUGGCAAACACAAGUGCAUGUCAAGCAUUAGGUUUUAUUCUAGGUCCAGAAACAAUUUUCUUGCCCCUGUUGAGAUGUCUGAUGCAGAUGGAUGAUUCCAUAUGUUACUUCCAAUUUUGUGUUUUUCAGACUUGUUUUGCACUCAUUGGAGAAAAGGGCGUGAUGUGGAAUACCAUUAAGCUGCAGAUAAACAUGUACACAGCACCAGUUUUACUUAGCGCCUUCCUGGGAAUUUUAAAUAUUAUUCUGAUCCUUACUAUAUUAAGAGAGCAUCGUGUGGAUGACUCAGGACGACAGUGUAAAAAUAUUAAUUUUGAAGAAGCAAGUACAGAUGAAGUUCAGUUCCCCCAAGGAAGUAUUGAUCAAGUUGCUGUUGUGGCCACCAAUGUUCUGUUUUUUGUGAUUCUAUUUAUCUUUGCCCUUUUUGAAACUAUUGUUACUCCGUUAACAAUGGAUAUGUAUGCCUGGACCAGAGAACAAGCUGUGUUAUAUAAUGGCAUAAUACUUGCUGCUGUUGGAGUGGAGGCAGUUAUUAUUUUCAUGGGGAUAAAAUCAGUUUCCAAAAAGAUUGGCGAGCGUGCUAUUCUCCUGGGAGGACUCACAAUUAUAUGGGUUGGCUUCUUUGUCUUGUUACCUUGGGGAAAUCAGUUUCCCAAAAUACAGUGGGAAGAUUUACAUAAUAAUUCAAUCCCUAAUACCACAUUUGGAGAAAUAAUCAUUACUCUUUGGAGGUCUCCAAGAGAAGAUCACAAUGAAGGACCAACUGGUUGCCCUGUUGAACAAACCUGGUGCCUCUACACCCCCAUGAUCCAUCUCGCCCAGUUCCUCACAUCAGCUGUGCUAAUUGGAAUAGGCUAUCCAUCCUGCAACGUCAUGUCCUAUACGUUAUAUUCAAAAAUCCUGGGACCAAAACCUCAGGGUGUGUACAUGGGCUGGUUAACAGCGUCUGGAAGUGCAGCACGGAUUCUUGGGCCCGUGUUCAUCAGCCAAGUAUACACUGCCUGGGGUCCACGGUGGGCUUUCAGCCUUGUGUGUGGAAUGGUGGUGCUCAGCAUCGCACUGCUGGGUGCGGUUUACAGAAGACUCAUUGCUUUUUCUGUAAGGCAUGGAAGGAUUCAAGAGUAACCUCGCUAAGGCUGUGGUGGAAAGUACUUGCUGUGCGGAUCUUUCUCUUUUAAGGCUCUGCUAGGCAAUUGCUAACAGUUAGUUUCCUAAAGUCAGGUUGCAGAUAUUAUAUAUGCGCCAUAACAGGAACAUAUACAGAAUAAAAUAGGGAAUUCACUGUAUCAUUGUGAAUAGCAAUAGUUUCCUUAUCUCAAAAAAGAAAUAGUCUUCAUAUGACAUUUGUGUGGGGGGAGGGGCAGCAUGAAGUCAUGAGUGAAUAGACAGUGGUCUAUAAAUGUGAAGUUAUACUCUUAAGGCAAACUGCAGAGGCGUCAUCAAAAUAAAUGAGAGAAUAUCUGUGCAGUGAAAUCAUAAGGAGCAUUCUGUAUGAAUUACCUGUAAUAGAAUGCAAUUAUAGAAAUUAUUUACCUAAAUAGAGGUACUUUUAUUCAAAGGUAUCUCCUUUUUAUUUAUUAAAAAAUGCAUUUUCUGUUAUUAUCAAGUUUUCCUUAUGAAAUAAAAUCAUGACUUAAAUUUUACACUUAACCAUGCCUGCCAUCCUCCCUUAGCUUCUCUAAGUCAUGAUUUUUAAUACUAUGCUUUCCAUCUUAUUUUAGUUCAGGAUGUUACUAAGUAACCCCUAAGUUAACGGAUGUGUGUGAAUAAUGCUCAUAUUUGAGCAUUAAAGAGGAUUAAGAGAUUAAGUUGGAUUUUACUACCUGUAGUUGGAAUCAUUACUUCUUUCUUUCCGGUCCUAAUAAAUAAUUCACUUUAGAAACAUAAGCCAGAUAUCUGUUAUUGUAUGUAUAAACUGAAUAGCAAACUGUUAAAAUUAUUGGCACUUUCUAAUUCCCUUAAAUUCUAGAGAAAAACUAAUAUUUUAUUUUUUCUCUGUCAGUAGUGGUAGGGAAGACCCAAAGGUUUUCCAUCUGUGCCUGCGUAGCUACUCAGAACUGCAGAAUUUUAAUUUUGGAUAGGCCAUGACAGCCCCAGUAUAGUCAGGCUAAUAAAUAUUUGAGGUAAAAUGGCUUUAAUCUAACAGUUUACUGAGUUUACUAGAAGUUGGCUAAGUCACACUGUGUAUACAUGACUACCUCACAUAAGUUGAAUGCUGCUAAAAGGGACUAGUACAGAACUAUCUAUGUGGAUAAUCAGUAUUACCCCAAAAUGCAAAAAUAUUUCUAAAUAUUUUUCCAAAUGUUUCCUACUCAAAGUUAUAAAUAUUUUCAAAUCUGAGAGUAAACACUAUAAUGUGCACUUUAUAUUGUUUGCUGUACUUUUUUGGGGGGAGGGUGGCUUGAAUAAUAUGAAUUUAUUCCUCACAGUUCUGGAGGCUAGAAGUCUGAGAUCAAGGUGUCAGCAGGGUUGGUUUCUUCGGAGGCCUCUCUCCUUCGUCUGUGGGUGGUUAUCUUCUAUCUUUGUCUUUUGUUUGUUUUCUUCAGCUUUAUCGAGAUAUAAUUGGCAUAUAACAUUGUAUGAGUUUAAGGUAAACAACGUGUUGAUUUGAUACUUACAUAUUGUGAAAUGAUUACCACCAUAGCAUUAGCUAACACCUCUGUCAUGUCACAUUACCAUUCUUGUGGCGAGAACAUUUAAUAUCUACUCUCUUAGCAAAUUUUAAGUAUAUAAUAUAGUGUUAUUAACUAUAAUCACCAUGCUGUACAAUAGCUCCCUAGAACUUCUUUGUUUUAUAACAGGAAGUUUGUACUCUUUGACCAACAUCUCCCCAUUUCCUUCUUAGCCCCUGGCAACUAUCAUUCCAGUCUCUGCCUGUAAUAGUGUGGCUCUUUUAGAUUCCACGUAAAAGCCGUAUCAUAAAGUGUUUGUCCCUCUCUGUCUGACUUACUUCACUUAGCAUAAUGCCCUCAGGGUCCAUCCAUGCUGUCACGAAUGGCAGGAUCUCCUUUCUUAUGACUGAGUAACAUUCUCUCUCUCUUUCUCUCUCUCACACACACACACAAACACGCACACACGCACGCACGUGCACACACUUACAUCUUCCUUAUCCAUUCACCUGUUGAUAGAUACCUAGGUUGUCCGUCAUAUCUUGGCUGUUGUGAAUAAUGCUGCAGUGAACAUGAGAGUGCAGAUAUCUCUUUGAGAUCCUGCCUUCAUCUUCUUUGGAUAUAUAUCUAGAAGUGGAAUUGCUAGAUCACGUUAGUUCUAUUCUUAAUUUUUUAAGGAGCCUCGAUACUGUUUUCCAUAGUGGCUAUGCCAAUUUACAUUCUCAUCAAUGGUGCAUGAGGGUUCCCUUUCUCUACAUACUUGCAAACAGUUGUUACAUUUAUCUUUUUGAUAGCCAUUUUAACAGGUGUGAGGUGAUAUAUUUCCUUGUGGUUUUGAUUUGCAUUUCCCUGAGGAUUAGUGAUGUGGAGCACCUUUUCAUGUAUCUAUUGACUGCUUGUGUGUCUUCUUUGGAAAAAUGUCUAUUCAGAUCCUCUGUCCAUUUUUAAGUCAAAUUGUUUGUUCUUUUGCUUUUGAGGUUUGCAUACUCUUAAAUCCAACUUCUCCAGCUCUAAAGAAGGCUUAAGCUGACAGAAAUCAUCCUAUGAUUAAAUUUUAGAGAUUUUCAUUUUUCUCCACCCCCGUAGCAAGAUUCUGCUUCAUUUAGAUUUCUCAGGGCCAUAGCCAGGUUUCUGGCUCUUUGGUCAAGUCCUGUGAGCCUUCUUCUCUGAUAUUCUGCAGCUCCUUCCUCUGUCUUACAUUUUUUGGGUAACUUCUAAUCCUAAAGCAUAAAUGCCACUCUCGGUUUCGAUAGUAUGCAUGGUAGAAAUAACAACAGUAAUGGUAGUGAGGAAAAUGAUAAUGGCAACCUAUUUUAUAGAGUGCUUUCCAUAUUACAGGUAACGUGUAAUGCAGGGUUUAAUUCUCAUAGUCAUCUUACAGAGUGAAGAAACUGUUAUGGUUCCCAUUUUACAGAUGAAGGAACAGAGGCACAGAGAAAUUAAGGUACUUAUUUAUCUAAGUAACAGUCUGUCUUCAAAGUCUACAUUCUUAACUAGUGUGUUUUUCAUAGUGAUGAAAAUAGCCCAUAAAGUUGCAGUUAAUUAACUGCUAAUUGUAGGGUAAGUUAAGUUACCUACACCAGUGACUCCUAUUAGCAGAAAUAUUUGAGAAACAGAAUUUGAAGCCCACUGGUGGGGACCUUUAUCUUAGCAUAAUAGCAAUAGUUAGACUGUUCCCAUGGAAGAAUAUGACACAGAGAAGUUUCCCAACCUUUUUUGUGUGUGUGGGUCCAUAAUUCACUCCAAUUUUAUUUAAGUCAUUGCCUAAUGUUGAGUAUUUAGGUUUUGGUCUCCUGGCCUCCCUUCCCUCCCAGGUCCCUGGGUAUGGCUUGGUCCUGUCCUGCCCCCCUCUCAAUUGCAAACCCCAGAAGCUACGAGCGGCAAGGAAGGAUUCUCCUCUGCAGGUUUCAGAGAGAGCAUGGCCCUGUUCACACCUGGAUUUCAGAUUUCCAGAACUGUGAGACAAUAAGUUUCUGUUGUGUUGAGGCACCUAGUUUGUGGUACUUUGUACAGUAGCCUUAGAACACAAACAGACUUCCUGAAAUGCGUGGCACCGACCCAUCCACCAGAUGGGCACUUUGGAUACAUUACCAGGCAAAGGCAACCCACGCUCCCAUAUGCCUUUGGCAACUCCUAAAGGUUUAAAAUAUUGAAUGAAAUUCAGAUAAACUGUAACCUUGCAAAAAUGACUGCCCCCAUCUUUUUACUGAGAGUACUUUCUUCUCUGGGGGAUUACACCAACACACAUCUUAGCCCAAAGGAAGAUAAGGAAGUGACAUGGAGUGAGGAGAGAUCAGGGAAGUAAAGUCUAGGGAAAAAUCACCUCAGACAAGUUUAUUUUGAGUUAACAAGUUGAGUAUAAAUUGAAACUUAUGAUAGGAGACCUUAAGGUAUGAAAAAUUGCUAAAAAAGUAUUUAAGAAAAGAUGUUUUUGAAAAACCUAAACUUAUACUUGAGAAGAAAGAAUGAUUUUCAUACUUGAAGGGAUUUAUAACUUCACAAAGCAUUUCCAUGUUACCUUGUUGAACUUGGCUACAUUUAAAAUAAACUCUCCAGUUCUCUUGGAGUGAACUGGAGAAGUGAAAUAAAUCUGUAUAUAAUUUUUUGUUUUGGAGAAGUUAAACUACUUAUCUACCUAUUUGUUCAACAAUAGAUGAACUUGUUUUUAUAGGAGGUUUGGGGUACCGUUUUUUACUAUUCCAGACUUCUUUGUAAUUUGACAUAUUUUACAUUGUGAAUGUAUGUUUUCUAAUAAACAGGAUUAUUAUAUAUGUGCCUUAAGCCUUAAAAUUUUACUUAUUCAUACUUUAAAGAUAUAUUUAAGGGGCCCAGCUAUGUGCCAAUCACCAUGUCAUUGUUGGGGACAGAGCAGCAAACAAAAUAUGCAGAGCCCCUGCCCUCAAGGGACUUACAUUUUGGCAGGAAAGUCAGACAUUAGUCAAAUGGUUAUACAGUUGAUUAUGCUCGAGGGAAGAGUGAUGACACAGAAGUAUCGGGAGUUAUGAGGGCGCUCUGACCUAAAUGGGAAAGUUGAGGAAUGUUUCUCUAAGGAAGGAAUGAUUAACUAAGGCCCAGGUGGAUGAGAAUGGUUUAGAUUGAUGAAGAGUAGGACAAGUGCAUUUCAGGCAGAAGGCAUGGAGAAGCCCUGGAGGUGGGAAGAUCUUGGAGCUUUCCCAGAACUAAAAAUAGGUACAAGGUGGCUGCAGUAUAGUGAUUGAGAAAAAGAGUCCUGUUAGUUGAGGCUAUAGAGGGACAAUGGAAGGCCUUUAGGCCCUAAGCAUUAGGACUUCUCAAGUGGCAAGUUUUAGUAUUCUAACUUUAGGCAUGAUUGGAGCUAGGAGUCCAAAUAAUGUCAUCAGGACUCUGUCUUUUUCUUUUAGUUCAACAUACCUCUGUUUGACUUUAUUUUUAGGCAGCCUCCAUUUUGUGGCCAGUCUUGCCAACAGGACAAGCAAUCAAAUAAAGGGACUUAUUCUAGCCAAAAAUGAGACAAUUAAAGCAUUGAAAAUGAUAUCUGCAGCUGAUUUAAGCACAUCAAAUAUGUGAAAAUCUAUGAGUUCAUAAUGAUAUUAAAAGUAAAAAACUCAUUGGUCACCUUUGGAGGUUGCUAGGGCUUUAGCUCUUUAUUCUAAAAACCAGAAAAUAAAGACUUGGGUAUCUCUUCUGUCUUUCCUGAAUCUAAACUUUGGGUAAUAAAAUAUUGAUGAGGGAAAAUUAUUUUCUAUAGAAUAAUCCAAGCUAAUAAAUACAAAGGGAAUAAUAGAAUUAGAAAAACCUCCACCUAGCAUCCUUUAGUGAAAUAAUAGAUGAUAUGGGCAACAUUCAUCAAUGAAUGAUAAAACUACUAGGUGGAAGAUUAAUGAACUUUCUAAAGGAUGGAUGAAGCCGACAACGCCUGAACCCACUGAUCAUUCUUAACAUCAUUAAAAGUGGGUAAGCAUUACAUGCCUCCUGAUUUGAUGCAGCAGGAAGCACUCAGCACCAUCUCUGAGAGUGUUCCUGCCAAAGAAAAUUGUCAGAAUCUAAACAAGCUUGUAGAUAUAAACUGCCAGUUUACAGGGAAUACAAAAGAUACGACUAAAUGCCACCUCUAGGAAGUAAUCAUCUAAGCCCAGAAGGUGAUAUAUUCUAUAGACAAAUGGUUCAGUUUCUUAAAAUUAAAAAAAAAAAGGCAUGGAAAAAAUAAAAGUUGAGAGAUCAGAAGUCAUAGGUGAAAAGAAACUUCAGAGAUAUAUAAGUCAAAUGCAUUGUAGUGAUCUUAUUUUGGAUCUUAACUCAAAUGUAGAAAGGUAUUUUUGAGAUAACUGGAGAAAUUUGAAACUGGACUCACCAUUAGAUGAUAUUAAGGAAUUACUGUUAAUUCUGAGAUGGAAUUACUGUUAAUUCUGAGAUGUUUGUUAUUGGUUAUGCUUUCAUUUUUUAAAAUUUAUUUAAAAAAAUUAUUUACUUUUGGCUGCGUUGGGUUUUUGUUGCAGCGCACGGGCUUUCUGUAGUUGUGGGGAGUGGGGGCUACUUUUUGUUGCGCUUCCCGGGCUUCUUACUGCAGUGGCUUUUCUCUUGUGGAGCACGGGCUCUCAGCGCGUGGGCUUCAGUAAUUGUGGCACGCAGGCUCAGUAGUUGUGGCUCAAGGGCUCUGGAGCACAGGCUUAGUAGUUGUGGUACACAGGCUUAGGUGCUCCGUGGCAUGUGGGAUCUUCCCUCUUCCCGGAUCAGGGAUCAAACCCGUGUCCCCUGCAUUGGCAGGUGGAUUCUUAACCACUGUGGCACCAGGGAAGUCCCUGGUUAUGCUUUUAAAAGCUCCUUAUCUGUUAAAGAUACUAAAGAAUUUAUGAUAGAAAUUAUAUGAUAUCUGGGAUUUGCCUCAAAAUACUCCAGUGGGGGAAGGAUAUCAGUAGGCUAGAUGAAACAAGAUUGGUAAAACAUUUGUUGACGUUGGGUGGGAGACACAUGGAGGUUACUUAUCCUGUUAUAUCUGUACUUUUAAAUUUCCACAGUUAAAGUAAGGAAAUGACAUGAACAGCUUGGUGUUUUAGAAUGAGCUGGCUGCAGUGUGAAGUAUGAAUUCGAAUGGAUGUGGAGGACAUUUAUCACGCAUGUGGCCACUCUUCAUUUCCUGACGACUCUUCUACAUUUGGAGAAUUUCUCACAACUGAGCCUCUCCUCUUAGAUAGAAGCCAUGAUGCAUUCAUUCUCUCAUCUACCUUUGCAGCCAAGGCAUGUGCUUGUUUCUGGCUCUGCCAGUACAUGCCUCCAACGUGAGACUUCAUAAGGAGCAAGAGGAGGAAGUGAGCAACAUGAGCACAAUUGACUUUGAUGCGGGAGCAAGUUCAGUGGCUAAGUUUUGGAGAAAGCAGUAUCAGAGCUCCCAGAACCUAGUCUCCUAGUUUCAUCAGCAUGGCUGUGGGAUCUGUGCUGAGCAGGGGUGGUAAGGUGUCUUUUCUGGGGCAGCUCCUGCAUUGUAAUUCAGCCAUUGUUUCUAGCUGCAAAGCCUGAAUCUCUAUUCCUCCUAGAGGGUCUGUGAGCUGAUAUCCUUUAAUAUAUUCUCUGUGUAAACUAACUAGGUUAGAUUCUGAUGUUUGCAACUAAAAACCCUGAGUGAUACAGGAGGCAAGAGUAGCUGUUUGGAGACAAGCAGGAGGCUAUUGCAGUAGUUCAGAUGAUUGAUGCUGGUGACUUGAAUCAGGGAAUUGACAGUGGAAUUAGGAAUUAAAAGCAUAUAAAAUGUAUUUUAGAGGUAGAGUUGAGAGGAUUAACUGGUGAUUAGAUGAGGCAAAGGAUGGUGUUAAGAAUGAGUUCUAGGAUUCUGACAUGUACAGCUAGUGAUGCAGAUGUCACUUACUGGACUAAAUUCUGAGGAGAAACAGGAAAAGAGUGCAGUUGAACUAAUGUUCUCAUAGACAACAAAGGCACGUCAGAUAGACAUGCCCAUGAGACAUAUAAAGAUGGAACGUAUUAUAAAUUGAGCUGAAAGAAAUUAUGAAGUAAUGGAAAGUUAAAAUGACAAAUUGUAAUUUGAAAAACUGAGAAAUGGGAAAAUUUCCCAAUGAACUAGAGAAAUAAGAGGAAGAUAUGAAAAUAUUGCUGGCAGAGCUCAGGAAAUAAGAAAUAAUUUCAGACAUGAAGAACAAACUGGAACACAAGAGUAAAUAAGAUGCCUUAGAUAACUCAUAAGGGAAAUUAAAGAUGGACGAAAAUUAAAAUAAAGAUAAAAAUGAUUUGGAGAAAGUGAUGGAUAUAAAAAUUAGGCACAGAUGAUUUAACAUACUUAUAGUAGAAGUCCUUGAAGAAGAAAACCAAAAGCAAUGCAACAGAACAAAUUCUAAAACUUUUAAUUCAAGAAAAAUCUGCUGAAAGAAAAUUUAAAUAGGCAUAUGAAAGGAAACUCAAUGUGAAAGAAAAGAGGAAAGGAAAAUAAAAGCAAACAAGUAUGGUGAGUAGGAAACAGAAUCAGUUGGGAAAUAAAGGCAACAGAACUGUAAUGACAAACAGUGAAAAUAAAUCAGAAAUGAUAAUAAAUGUAAAUAUAGUAGACUACAGAGCUUAUUAUAUUGGACUGAAAAAAUUCAGCUAUGUAGUAUGUAUAGGAGAAAUACCUGCAACAUAAAUACACAUUAAGACUGAGAUGAAAAAAAAAAAUACACCUAAAUUCUGUCAAAGCAAAAUGUAUUUGUCUUUAGCUUUCAAAAUUAAGCUAAGAAUUCCUUUAAUUCUACUUUUAAGAGGAAAUUCUUAUUUCUAAUCAUAUUUUUAUCCCUGAGAAGGGUUUACAUAAUUUUCCUCCCCAAAGUUGGAUCACCUAUGUAUUAAAAUGUUAAUUCUAAUAGAUAUUGCCAAAUUGCUUUAUCAUUUACACUCUAAUCAACAAUACCUGAGAAUGCCCUGCUUAUUGUAGCACUAUUAUUAUUUUUCACCAAUCUCUUUGAUAAAGGGAAAUGAUUUUUGUUUCAAUCUUGUAUUUCUCCAACAAUAGAUGUGGUUAAGUAUAUUUUCUUUUGAUUCAUUAUAUGAAUUUUCUCCUUUGUGAAUUAUCUGUUCAUAUCUUUUGUCCAUUUUUCUAUUGGGUUGUCUUUUUCUUAUUAACUGUGCAAUUUAUGUUACACAUUAUUAUUUUUCUUCUCAUUGCCUUAUGCAACAACCUCCAAAACAAUGUUGAGUAAUUGUGACAUUAGGUAUUCCUGACUACUUAAUGGUAUUGGCUCCAAUAUUUGUCUGAUUAUAAAAACCAGCAGGAAACAGUAAUAGUCUUUAUCAUAUUUAAGUAGUUUCAUUCUACCUCUUUUACCUUGAGUAUUUCAUUAAGAAUGGCUGUCCCACUAUCAAAUAUUUUUUCCUCAUGUUAAUUAAUUGUAUUGUUGAGUUCUUCAGUGUUAAAAUUAAAAUUAAAAUAUCAUUAACAUAUACAGAUAUUUUCAGAUAAACGUAGAGAAACAAUGUACUUACCAUUUGAAAAAUUAAUUUAAAAAAUUUAAUUGGCUCUUCUUAAACAGGCAAAAAAUCAAAAACGAGUUUACUA